GAAUUAGAAACACAUAAAAUAAUUGUUUUGUCAAAAUGUCGACUUCGGAGUUUGCUGUCAGAUUUCGACUAGAACUAUUCCCCGAGAUUGCUGUGUGCGUUGCCCUUUUCAAAGAUGUGAAGAAUGUGGAUGAAAUAAAGAACAGCAUCGUGGCUAGAAAACUUGAUGCUGCCCUCUUGACUCCAAAAAUGAUUGUCAAUCCUUUCCAGGUGUUGAUUGCUGUGAAUAAAGCUCUACAUGUCAGGAAACACGGACUCAGGAUGCAUACAAGAAACAUCAACUCAGAGGUCCUCUUCAAUUUGUCUCCGAUGAAAAAUAUCAGUGCUUGUUUUCAACAGUUUGGCUUCUCCAAGGAAGACACAGGCUUACUAGCAGUCACUCUAGAUGAUGACUCCAUGGAUAAGAUGAAGGCAGUGGAGGGGGUGGUGGAUGGUUCCAUGGCCAGUGUGGAUGAGUUGUCUUCCUUCACUGAUGAAAGUCUGAUCAAACAGGUGUACAAAAUUCACGAAGAGGAACUAUGUGUGUGCUCCGUCUUAGACGCAGUGGUCAGUAGAAUGGCAGGGAAGGAGGUAUUAUGAGAAGACUGUUAAGAAAUGAACCAAAAAUAACAAUGAUGGCAUCCCAGAAAGGUCACAGGUCAUGGCAAGUAAAAUGUGAAUGGCCAUGGAAUGAGAGUGAAGGGCGCAUUAGGGUGGAAUGGGACUCUUGACAGAUGAGGUAAAAAUAGCAAUGAUGUCAUUCCAGCAACUGAAGGUCAAAGGUUGUGAAACAAGCCUGGAAAAACAGCCAGUUCAAGUGGGCAGCUACAGCAGUGAAACAAGCUAUGAUCCUGAGCUGUGAGUUGUUACCUGGAUUACUUUGAGGAGGUUGUGCUUUGCCAUUGGGAGCAAUAAAGUGGAGACACAAAGUGCCACGUUCGUCAGAGGCCCGUAGCCAGCGCAGCCCACCAGCGAUUAGUUUCUCUUCAGAAACAAAUGCAUGUGCUUAGGCAUUAAUUUCUGUAAUAUUUAUACCAUAAUCAUGGGCGUCGCCAGGAUUUUUUCUAGAGGGGGGCAAAAAAAAUGUUUGCCAAAAAAUGCUUGUAUUUCUCAACACAUUCUCGAUUU